AUGCAGGCAUUGUCUGAUGAUGAAUUAAGGGAUAAACUAAAGGCCAACGGUUAUGAACCUGGCCCAAUAACGCCUGCCACUAGGCAGGUUUACGAGCGAAAACUGGAGAGAUUGCUUAAGGAUAAUAAGACUGGUUCAAAAAUACCUCGUUCUGAACAAGCCAAACGGAGUGAAUCAAUUAAGCCUGAGGGUACAUUCACUUCACUUGCUUUACUACUUAUCAAGGACUUGUGGUGCUUUGCCAAAUCCAUUAUUCUUGUCCUCCUAGAUGGUCUUCCUCCCGGUCCAUCUUCUCGUUCAGUGAAUCAAACUGCAUUCUUGAGUGCAACUCGUGUGGGUGGUCCUAACAACUCGUUGAAAUCAGAUUCCCGACGUCAGUUUUCUAACACCUCAUUACGGGAUUCCUUUAUGGGUUCGGCUUUCACUCCUCAGCAGAAUCCCGGCCAUACACCAAAUGCUGGCGUUCGAUCACCUUUGAGAACAGCCAACACUGAUGUGCUCCGUGAUUCCUCAAAUUUGACAAACACCGGUUUGGGAAUGAGACCCAGAAAUUUGAUUUCUAGUCCCGCCACCACACAACUUAACUAUCAAGAUGGUGGGUCGAUCCCUUCCAGUUCUUCGCUUUCGCCUGCUCGGGGAAUAAGUGCAUCACACGGUUAUGAUCCGAGGAUAACAUCGCGUGAAAGAUCAUCUUUGUCUGGCUGGGUUCCAAGAACCUCUAAUUUAGGAUCUACCAUACUAUCGGACGACUCAAAUCUAGCCCCCGAUGGUAUUGUUCACAGGGCGUAUCAAUCUGACAAAAUGUCUAAUUAUCGCCAGCUAUUGCCGGGAGAGUCUUUUGAGAGAUCCUUCUGUUCCAAAAUUUUUAAUUUUUCGCUUGGAAAUCAGGUCCCAAAUUUGAUCUUGUUUUGUGGGAUUGUCCUGCUUGCAGUAAUUGUUUCUAGUUACCUUCUGCUGAAAGACAAGCACAGUAAUGUGGGUAGGAUCGCCGACCUUCAAAAGGUGGUUUGUCUUCCUGAGGAGCACUCUGAACGUAGAAUGGUCGCAGUCCUUUCACGACCAAGCUGUAUUAAUAGUCAAGAUCUACCCCCGGUUUUGAGGAUAGUACAUAGUCUUUUUGAAAUUCUUAGCCGAUUCGCCGGUGAACACUUUUGCGGAGAAUCUGUUGAAAGUUCAAGGAUUGAGGUGGAAACAGCAAAGCGUCUUGUUGAAAGUUACUUCGCAAAUCACCCCGCCGCCUCUGUGACUGUGGAUCAGGUAGACGCCUUAUGGAGCAGUGUUUUGAUCAUAAUUAUUGAAGUUGGACAAAAACACCUACAAAUCGCCGCCUAUGACGCGAAUGGCCAACCGCCUCCGGACUGGCGCGAUGUGGUGGAGCUGGAGAGUCUACGCCCCUACAUUCCCGGCGGUUGUCGUCUUCGUCUGCUCACCAACUCAGUAUUGCAUUUCUUGAGCAAUCUUCUUUGGCUACUCUUUAUUCUCUCUGCUGUGGGCGGCUUCUGCUAUGUGAUAUACCGUAUUAAGCAGUCCCAGCAGAACCGCACGAAGAAACGUACAAUGCGUAUUCGAGAGAUCGUUCGUGAGGUGUCCUGCAUCUUGCAACAGCAGCUGCAGCAUAGAAAAUCAAAUCCUACGGAACCGCCGUAUGUACCCGUCUCAAUGAUCAAGGAAAGGCUCAGUCACACCAAUCCAGAUCUGGCAGAGUUGUGGACGGAGGUGGAGCACUACGUGCACUUGGUGGAGGGGAGUAUUUUGGUACAAGAGUGGCGCGGCGUAGGCGAAACCUGGCAAUGGCAAGCGGGGUCGGGCUGGCAAGGCUCGGGUAAGCAUCUCUCUGUGUCUUCUCCACGCUCUUCCACCAUCACCAAUACGGCCAACAGCUUGGGGGGUCAGCCCCGCGGCUACACUGCUAACUCCAGCUGUGCUGUUGAGACUCUCCUGGGUAAAUCGCAAAACCUACCCUUCACCACGCCUCCGACAGAAUGCUUGAAGGUUCGAAACAUGUUCACAACGGAUUUAAUGGACGUCUCUGCAAAACGGCGUUUGAUACGUGAGCUGCUCAAUCGUGUCGCGAUGUGUGGACCUAUCUUGCACAUAGGACUGGAUAGUCAAAAUAACCAGGGCUUAGUUUAUAUAAAGUGUGCUUCUCCGGUCGUUGCGGGUAGGGUUUUUGAAGCCAUAAACGCCAACUACUUUGACAGUCACCUUUUAACGGUCAAGUUUUUACGUGCAUCAAAAUAUCACUUGCGUUUCCCCGAUGCACACAACGCUGUUACUCCGCUCAAUGUUGCAGAUUUCGAGUAA